CUCCCACAUGAACUAAGUUAUUCCCGAAAUAACGGAGGAAGAGAUAGAUUUGAAAGUAAAUUCCUUCAAAAAGAGCUCCCAUCAAAAUACACAUAUUUCAUCCUGCAUUGCCUGCACGAUCAUGCCUUCAAGACUUCCCGAGAUCAAGGUGACGCCGAUCACUCCAAGCGCAGGGUCCAAGGUUGACUAUGGUGCCAUUGUGACAGGACUUGAUCUCAAAAAUUUAGAUGAUGCUUCUUUCAAAGCGCUCGAAGAUGCCAUUUACACACACAAAGUCGUCGUGGUCAAAGACCAACAGGAUCUUGUACCGUUGAAGCAAUUCGAGCUCAUCCAUCGGUUUGAUCCCGAUACGAAACCCGUUCACGGAUUUGGAGAUCCAGAUGCGUACAAAGACAACGAGUUCGUAAAACUUGUUGUACCUAACAGUGGUGGUGUUCGUCUCGUUGGCAAAGGCUAUCAUGGACCAGAUCACUACGGACUGAAGGAUCUCAUUGUCCCAACUGUAAACGACUACAACAAACUUCACGGCUCCAACCUCGAUCCAGAAGAAUUUGCUUCAGGUCAGACUCGAUUCUUUACUCUGCGAUGCAUUCAGGCUCCAAAAGGACCUGACCUGACGGUCAGAUGGGACAACGGAAGUGGUUUGACUAUGAAGACAAAGCCGGGUGAAACGGCCUUUGUGAGCGGGGUUCAACUACACAACUUGCUAAGUCCCGAAGAUCAGAUGCUCGCCGACCAUAGUCGUCGGGAACUAGCGCCGCAUCCAUAUACGUGGAAGGGAACUCGCAAGUACAGAUCUACGGGCAUGGGCCUCGAAAAGGGUGGUGAAGUUCUUCCACUGGACAAGUUGCCUGCUUGGACGCCAGAUAAGGUUCACACGUAUCCUAUGAUUUGGGUUGACGAAAGAACGGGAGAGAAAGCAUCGCAGAUUAUGCCGACUUGUGUCCGAAAGCUACACUUGAGAACGUCUUUUGAUGAAAAGGAAAGGGUAGUGGAGGACUUGGAGGAAAUCCGUCUAUUACUAAAUGGAUGGAUGGAUAAGAUACUUCGGCCAGAAUAUAUCUGUUUUCCACCUGUCGAGGAUGGUGAUGUUGCCAUGUGGAAUAACUACAUCUGGAGUAGCAAUAUUGAUCGAGAGGAAGCUUAUAUACCCCUCUGGAAGAACCCACCCGUGCCACGGCACACCUCUAUUUCUUUCAUAUUUUCUUCAGAGGCUAGUGAUUAA